GAUCUAACCUCAAAUUUUGCGUUGUCAACGUCAAACCCAAAUCCCCAAUUUAUUUAAUCUAAUCUCGAGUCUUGACCGCUUACCAGCCAAUUAAGAUUGCUCUCCGAUGGACUCAUUAGAAUUAAUCGCAAAAUCGCCAAUGCUGAAGCACUUUCUCCCCCGUACGAAUUAGUCGGGAGCUUCUGGGGGGUAUGUCCGAAUCAUUGGCCUCAAUUGAAAUUAAUUGAAUCAAACGAUGGCCGACGCGGAGGGAACGAGUGGUCUUAUUGGUAGCAUGCGUGUGGUGGUUCCUUUAGGGAUUGUGCUAAUGUUGCACUCGCUGAAUGUAAUCUCCACCUGCACACUUAGUGCCUUACUGCUCGCGUUUCUCCUUAUCUUUGUUGUCGGACCGUUCACCUACAGGUACUCCCAUCGGUUUCGUCAGUCAACUAUAUUUUUAAACUUCGUCACAAUUCCAUUGCAAGCUGAUGUGAAAAACCCGGGGAAAUACGGUCUGAAGGCCGUGUUAAACUUCUACUUGAUGACGGACGACGACAUCACCUUAGGCGUCUGGCACAUCGCUCACGAAGACGCGAUCGACUCGUGCGACGGCCAAGACAUAGAGCACUACCGUUCCGCCCUAGGCGACGGUCGCGACGUCGUCCUCUACUGUCACGGGAACGCGGGUAACCGAUCGGUCCCGCAUCGGGUCGAGAUGUACGCGGUCCUGAGGAGGCAGUUUCACGUCAUAGCCUUCGACUAUCGCAGUUACGGUGAUUCGAGUCCGGUUCCGCCUAGCGAACGCGGGUUGGUCGCCGACAGCUUGUUUAUUUUCAAGUGGGUGCGCGGACUUGCCAAGGGAAACGUCUUCGUUUGGGGACACUCGUUGGGCACGGCGAUUUCCACCCAUAUGCUUGACGUGGCGGCCGCCAGUGAUCUCCGUUCGGUCGGUCUUAUACUAGAGAGCCCCUUUAACAAUAUGCAGGAUGAACUUCGACUGCAUCCAUUUACUAAGUUAUUCCGCUCUCUACCUUGGUUCAGAUAUUGCGUGCUGGAACCGGUAAAAUCGAGCAACUUGCUGUUCCAAACCGACGAGCAUAUCAACAACGUCGACUGCCCCAUUUUGAUAUUGCAUGCCAAAGACGACGUAAUUGUGCCUUUCCAACUGGGACUCAAAUUGUAUAAAAGUGCCAAAGAGAAUCGACUGAAAACUCAAGGGGAGGUUCGGUUCCAUCAGUUCGAGGAGUCGCUGUGGUUCGGACAUAAGUACAUUUGUCGGUCGCCCGAUUUGGGAGAAAUAAUUAGGAGUUUUGUGGUUGAUUGUCUCACAACGAACGGAACAGAUUAAAUGAGGAGAUUCGUUCAGUAUUUUUUAAUUUCACACGCGAAGACUGCGCUUUGGCUGUUAAUUUCAACGACGUACUAGACCUAUUUGCACAAAAAUUGCCUUUUCUAAGCAAUAUUAGAAGGGUAGGCAACGCAUGUGCAUUUUUGCAUGAUGUGUUGCCCAACCCUGUAUCCUUGGAGGCUUUUUAACUAUCAUUGUAUCGCUAUUUCGUGUUCGAAAUAUACUUUUAAUAAAAGACCUUAUUCAUGA